AUCGUACAGAUAUCAGUAAGGGAUAUACAAAAAAACUGUUACUUAGUGUGAUAUUUGAGUUUUGCUAUACGUAAAUACGGUUGCUAAUUUCUCGAUAACUUUCGAGACUCUGAAAACAAAAUGACUUCGAGCUGCACGAGUUUCAAUGGAAGACGUGGCACUUCAAGGGGCUAUAGAAAUGGUAUGCAGGACAUUCCAAGGCCUGUCAUGAUUGGAGUAGCAGGAGGAACAUCUUCAGGAAAGACCUCGGUGUGUCAGCGAGUGAUGGACUUGCUAGGCCAAACAGACGUUGAUUCCAACAACCGCCAAGUGGUCAUCAUCAGCCAGGAUUGCUUCUACAAGAACUUGGAUGAAGAAGAACGUGAUCGAGCUCAGAGGGGACUUUACAAUUUUGAUCAUCCAAAUGCAUUUGAUUUUGACAUGAUGAAAGAAACUUUACAGGCGAUCAAGAGAGGAACAGACCCAGUAAAGGUACCCCGAUAUGAUAUUGGCAGCAGUCGAAGGAUGGAUGAACCAAGAACAGUUUUUCCAGUUGAUGUGGUCCUAGUAGAAGGCAUCUUGGUAUUUUAUAAUAAGGAUAUUGUCGACAUGUUCAACAUGAAAUUAUUCGUAGACACGGACCCUGACACAAGACUUUCAAGACGAGUUGUGCGUGACAUCAAAGAGAUGCAUCGAGACCUGGAACAAGUGUUGAAUCAGUACACCACCUAUGUGAAACCUGCCUUUGAGGAAUUCUGCUUACCAACAAAAAAAUAUGCCGAUGUCAUUAUUCCCAGGGGUGCAGAUAACAAAGUUGCCAUUGAUCUGAUUGUCCAGCACAUUCAGGAGAUAUUGAAACCAAAGUCUAAGCCAAAGAAACGUGAAAGAAAUGUCUCCGAAUCACUCUCAAGCAGUCGGCCGCAUUAGCUAAAAAGACCGGAGAAAAGACAACUGACAAUCGUUCAAUCAUGAAGAUUUCAUCAGUGCUUUCGGUGUCUCUGUUAUUGACUUUUGAUCUAAACACAGAAAAUGUUGAAGAUAUAAAGAGGGUUAAAAAAAUUCUGUUCAAGUGUCUAUGCACUAAGAUUGAUUUGAUUGCUCUAUCAAAUGUUCUGAACCCCGUUUUAUUCCUUGCAUUAUUUUAUGAGUUAAGAUCAAAAGUUAACAUAGACACUAAUAAUCAGUGUUUUUUUUGGACCAAAGGCGUUUUCAAUCUUUGUCAUUUUGGAGACAUUUAUUUCUAUAAGGAUGGUCAGAGUAUUUGAAGGUGCUGUAUAUGAAGGAACAGUUCUGAUGGGAGUAUAGUGGGGUCUUUUUGAGACACAAAGGAACUAAUAGUACGUUAGACAUUAAGGGAAUGAAGUCUCUCUUCCCUUUUGAAUUUUAGGGUCACAGAAAUGUCCGUAAAUGGUUUGAAAACAUAAAACCUGGUCACCGCAUUUAUAUUGUUUCUAUAGAACGAAUACAUAAAAUAUGUUAAUUUCGUUACCUUUAGAUAAAAAUGGUCAUAUUAGUUGAUCGAGGAAAUGAUAUCUCAUCUUUGUGUUGCUGUUGGAAAAUACAUCACAAGCAAAAUAAUCCAGGUUCCCAUAUCAUUUCAACGCCUGUGUAAAUAAAUGUAAAUGAAUAAGGUGUCAAUCAAGGAGGUUGAUGAAUAAUUGGUUUUCUUUAAAUUUAAAUAACAGACAAAUAUGGAAAUCAUGUUUGAGAAUGUUGUUAUUUGCAAUUGACUGGUCGUCUUUUGUUCAGUGAAACAAACAGUUUGAUAUUGCGAUGUGAAUUCAUAUUUUGGUUGUGAUUUACGGUAACUCUUUUCGAGAGGAAUUUCAAUAUGUUGUUGUUGAAUCGGACCUGUAAGGUAAAUUGGUGUAAAACUAGCUGCAGUGGAACACGAUAUAAUCCUUCCAAUUUGUUGUAUUGUCGUAUUGACAAUUCUCGAGUAUGGGAAGAAAGAAAAAUGACAUGGGCUAGCUUUUUCCCCAAUUUGCCUUGCACAUUUAUUUUGUAUUUUAAGUCACAUAUUUUUGUUACAUGAUCAGUGCCUUCUGAAGUUUGUUCCAUGUUCAAUAUGUCAGCAAUUGAUGAUAUCCUAGUCUCACAGACUUUGUAAAUGGACAAUAGGGUGUUUUUCGAAAGUGGCUGUCAUCAGAACUUGGCAGACACCAAGCUUUUAAAUGCUAGAAAUGUAAUAUCUGAUCCGCUGAUGGAUUUUCAAGUUGGUGUAAACCCAAGUGUGACACAUAUUUUGGUAAUGCACAUCUUGAAACCUGUUUUGUUAACAUUGUUGGCACCAAUUUUGAAAUCACCCACAUUGGAUGAGAAUUAAAAUGGACUCAUCUUUGGAAAACCAGGGAAAUGGGGCUUCUUUUAUUUUGCUGAAAGACUAUAAGAAAUUGGUGAAUGCUCAACCUUUGAAUUUAGGGAUAAUAUAUGUGGGAUAUGUGCUAGUUUACCAGGGUCUAGGUUGAAUAUAGGGAUACUCUGUCUGGGCUAUGAUCCAGGGAACAUGGUUCUUGGUUGAAUUUAGGGAUAAUCUACCUGGGAUAUGAUCUGAUUUACUUGGUUCUUUUGUCAAACUAAGUCUUGAUGUUUGUCAUAACCCUAACAAUGUAUGAAAGAAGCGUUGCCUCUUUUUCAGUGAGACAGCUGCGUUGAUGCAAUGAAAACAAUUGUUGGGGUUUGGGAAGACAUAGAUUUUUUUUCGAUUGACCGCACUCACACCAGUGCAUGAGAUCGAAAUA